AAUUAUAUUAUAAAAGUACACAGCACAUAGUACAUAGUCACCGGAGAUUAUUACUAUUGCUAUGAAUAAAACUGCAAUUGGGAUUGCAGCUGGGGUAGCUGGAACCUUGUUCAUAGGUUAUUGCAUAUAUUUUGACAAGAAGCGUCGCGAUGAUCCGGAAUACAAGAAGAAAGUUCGCGAGCGUCGUCGCCGCAAUCGUAAGACUGGGUCAGCUAAACCAGGAAUGCCAAAUUUGAAUGACCAUGAAGCUAUCGAACGCUAUUUCCUUCAGGAGAUUCAAUUGGGCGAAACACUAAUAGCUCGUGGAGAUUUCGAGAGCGGUGUGGAGCAUUUAGCAAACGCAAUCGUUGUAUGCGGUCAGCCGGCACGUCUUUUACAAGUCCUUCAAUCAUCUUUACCGGCCCAAGUAUUUGCCAUGUUGAUCAUCAAAAUGCAGGAAUUCGGUAAUCGGGCUGCUGAGGCAAACGAUGGACAGGCUGGUCUUGGUUCACGCCAAGCAGAGAGCACAGCCAAUAUUCUAGAGAGUUCUGGAAAUGGCAUUAUAGAUGACCUUGAAUAAUAUUUGGAUUGCAAUCCAAAUAUUGGAAUAUAAUAGAAAUUAAGGGCUUCAAACUUUAGGUUUUUAAUAUUCUAUAUAUAAUGUACAAAACAUUAAUUUCUAAAUGUUCCCAAUACACCUAAAUAAAUAUGCAUAAAUUGUUAACUACA